AUGUCUGCUUUCAUUUCUAUAACAGUUCCUAAUAACGCACUACUAUGCCUGGUGAUAGUGGUAUCAUUGAUAAUAGCUACACUAUUCUUAAAUUGCAUACUACAUAAAAGAUGGAAAUUAAUCGUCAAGUUAUUUUCCAAAUUUUGCCCUCGUGUAAAAGUUCGUAAGAAACGUUCUAGCAAGCUAGAUGCUACUAAGGAUAAGUCACCAAAUAGUGAUGAUUAUGAUACUAGUGAUCAUCCGUCCGAUAAUGAAGAUGAUAAGGCUAAUGAAAAUAGCAAGUUAAUCACUGGACCUGGCGAUAAUCGAUCAAUCGAUCAAAGUAAUCUUAGUUCUUCUCACACACCACCACCUAGUAGGGUAGAAACUGCAAGUUUAAGCACAUAUAUUCCAGGUGCUUCUCGUACCGGAUCUUAUGCCUUAAAUAGUUAUACACAUAAAUUAUCCAGUGAAGAAAAUUUAGUUCAUGUUGAGUUUAAAAUUUCAUAUGAGGAAACCCUUACUCAACUUGUAGUGAAGAUAGAAGAUGCUGUAAUUGACGAUGAGAAGCUUUUAAAAGGCUAUGUUAGUGUUCAUGGUGCACUGGUUGGAACUAAAACGAGGCGCUUUCAAACUAGAGCUAAACGUUCAAGUUCUAGUAUUAUCUUCGAUCAAAUAUUUGUUUUAACUAAUGUUGAAAUUUCAGACAUUGAAACGUCUAAAUUGCGCCUUCGUUUAUAUCAUCUAGCUAGUAAGGCAGCAUUAAUGCAAGCCAAAAAAAUAGUUGCUGAAAAUAUUGUUGGCUUGCAUCAAUUAAAAGCUACAAAUAAUAAUAACAAUAAUAACAACACUGAUAAUGAAGCUGAUGAAACUCAGAUUGAAGAUCAGCCAAAGCCAUUGGAAAAAGAUGAAGCUGAAGUUGCAGAGUAA